GAGAACUGGACCUACUCUACAAGUUGUCAGCUGCUGGCCGGAGCAAUUCGAAUGUGUGUCGUAACCUUCACCGGCUGAUUCAGAGAGAGGGCCUCUCGGUGGCUGUGGAAAUCAGCUUUGUCAACACGGUUGUACGCAAGCGAAGGCCACUUGUGAAAAAGGUGGAUGUGUGCUAUCCAGUGAUCUACCCCAGCUCAUGGAUGAAGUUCCUACUGCAGAAUCACAGCUACCUUAUCCUAGGCGGCCUGGAACUCGAGAAACUGCAGGAAUGGCAAGCAAUGCUUACUGAGUUUUGGACUUUGCACAAGCUUUACGAUCAUGAUGGUGCACAUGUGAUGAGUGGGUGCGAUGCGGCCCCAGCCCACCUCACAGUGGAGACAUCUGCGGGACCUAUCAACAUCCACUUUGCCGUCGUCGGCAUCAAAGGCGAUUGGGUGUACUUGAGGAAGGAAUGGUUCAACAUGUCCUCCGAUGCCCCGUGGCGGAGUGGUGGUAAGGGCCCGACACCUUUCAAGAGAU